AUGGAUACUGUCAUGAUCAGACAAACAGAGCCAAGAGACGCGCCCCUCUUACCCUCCGUGGAGCGCUCCGCGGCGCAAGCGUUCUUACAAUUCCCGGAUCUUGCAUGGCUCGCCAAUGGAAGUGUGCAAUCUGUGGAGAAGCAUCUGGAACUGAUCGAGGGCGGGGCUUCAUGGGUGGCCGUUGAUUCUGAGGGUUUACCGGUUGGGUUCCUUAAUGGCAUUCUAACCAAGCUUGAUCUCUAUAUAUGCGAAGUUUCGGUUCAAUCCAGUCACCAGGGCAAGGGGAUUGGUCGGCGUCUGAUGGAAGCGGCGAAGGAAUGGGCGGUCUCCUGUGGAUGCAAAUCUAUCACUCUGACCACUUUUCGAAAGCUCCCGUGGAAUGAAGGCUUUUACAAGUCUCUGGGGUUCAAUACUUUGAAUGAAUCUGAGUUGACGCAAGCGUUGUAUGAUAUUAGGAACGAAGAAAUCGAUGCCGGCCUGCCGAUUGAACAGAGAUGUGCGAUGUGUUUACACCUGGUGUGA